AUGCCGUCUCCCGACCCGGCACCCCUCCGGCCGUUCGCCCUGCUCGCCGGCCUCGGUUACUUCGCCCUCUUCGGCGGCUGGCUCGACACGGUCCUCAUCCUCGUCUUCUCGGCAUGGCAAAACAAGCACGCCGUCGCCGACCUCGUCCGGUCGUACGUCGACCCCGAAGCCCUCCGUCCCGUCCUCUUCACGCUCCCCGGCUUCGCGCUCGGGCUUUUGGUCCUGGAGGGGAUGCGCUUCGUCGGGACGCUGCUGGACGACGAGGACGAGAAAGACAAGCAGGAGUUCAAGACGACGCCCGUGAAGCCGCUGCUGAUCCCCGCCAAGACGACCCACCGGAGGACGUUCCCGGAGAAGCACGGGUUCGCGUACUCGUACCUCGUCGUCGGUAUCCCGGUCGGCUGGACGGGGAACUACGCCGGCAUGGUCUCGAGCGGGGUCGAGAGGCGCGGGUGGAUGUCUCUGCUCUCGCUCGUGCCGUCGCCGAGGAAGGGCUGGUUUGACGUCGAUCCGGCGGAUUAUCUCGAUAGGGGCAAUGGGCAUCUGGGGUUGAGGGGCAAGCUGGACGCGUAUCUGAGGUCUCAGGGCGCUGAUCCAGCACAAUAUCCCACCGCCUACCUCGUCACGGCAGCUAGGUUCCUUGGCUACAGCUUCAACCCGGUGUCCUUUUGGUACCUCUAUUCCAAAGACAAGGAGCUCACGGCUAUGAUCCUCGAGGUCAACAACACCUUCGAUGAGAGGCGAAUGUAUUUCCUCACCUCCGAUGACAUCCCAUCAGACCAGCGCGUCAAGGGAAGCGCGGCGGACACAUCAACUGACGAAUCCGUUAUGGCCUCAGCCAAGAGGAUGACAAAACAGUGGCCCAAAGAUUUCCACGUCUCUCCCUUCAACUCCCGCAAAGGCUCAUACUCCCUCUCAUCAGUCGACUUCUUCAGCAGCGGGCCCCACGGCCUGCCCAACCUCGACACAACCAUAACCCUAAACUCGUCCAAGGACCACCCCAAGCUCGUCGCCCGCCUGUUCUCCUCGGCGCCGGCCGUCGACCCGGGCACCAUGUCCCUCUUCCAGAGAUUCACCUUCUUAUGCAGCUGGUGGUGGGUCGGCUUCGUGACCUUCCCCCGCAUCGUCCAGCAGGCCGCCGCCCUCUUCUUCCGCCGCAAGCUCCACGUGUGGUACCGCCCGGAGCCUCUGAAAGAGAGCAUAGGCCGACGCGCCGACGCGGCGGAGCGGGGCCUCGAACCGUUCUUCCGGGACUACCUGCGCCACCUGGUCGACCAGUCGUCAGCCGCCAUCUCGGUCAAGUACAUCCCCUCCGGUAUCGAGGCCGACUUGGCCCCCGUCGAAACGAUGCUCUCGCCCCAAGCCCGAAAGUUCCCCAAACGUGUCGAGGAGAUCGAGUUCAAGGUCCUCACGCCGGCGUUCUACACCCGCUUCGUCCACUACGCCCAUGACCUCGAGGCCAUCUGCUGCGAGUUUCAGGACAACUGCACCGUCCACAUCUCGCGCCCCGACCUCCUCCCCAAGCUCAUCCUCAAGAAGCCCGCGCCCCCGCUGCGGACCACCAACGUGAUGGACUUUCUCUACUUCAGAGCCAUCCGCGCCCUGCGACGGCGGCCGGAACGGAUCGAGCGGCCGCUCACCUCGAGCUCGUCCGAUUCGACGACAUCCCCCAAGGCCGGGCGGGACGUGCAAAAGGUCGACAUCCGCGACUUUCGAAUCGCGCCCAUGGACGCCUUCGUUCUCGGCAGCAAAGACUCGAACAGACGCGGCGCGUACAGGUCUCUCGUCCUGCGGACCUUUCUCGCCGAGCGACUGGCGCUCGGUAUCAUCGAGCUGCUGGACCUGCAGUACUUUGUCCUGCGCGCGGGGUUCGCCUGGAUUCUCUCGUCUGCGGUUGCCCCGCUCCUGCUCGUGAGGUCGUGA